AUGGAUCCAAAUUUCAGGCCAUCUGCUGUGGGUGCCGGAGGCAUGCCCAUAAUUGAAACACCACACCCUUUGAGCAUCAAGCUGAUGAGAUUGAAAAAACCAGAAUUUUCAAUUUAUGUUCCAAUUCUUACGGAACGUAAAGAUGCUCUCGGAGGUGAUAAAUUGUUUUAUAAAACACCGAAUCAUGCCUCCGAUGUGAAGAGUCUUUAUGGAAGUGAUUCAGUGGGAUCAACAGCGAGUGGAAUGAAAGAAGAUAAAUUGAUCGAAAUUCCAGGCGUGGAUGACAACAGCAAUGAGAAAAAUCUAUCACAAUUAUUGACAGACCGAACCUUGGUUUUUGACAGCUUGGGUUUUUAUGACUCAUGGUCUUUACCAAGUGCUCCAGGAGCCAUCUAUAUUGGUGAGACACUGAAGUGUUACAUCUCUUUGCACAACGAAUCUUACAACAUUAUCAAGAAUAUUUCUGUUACUGCCCAACUGUACUACGGAAAAGGAAAAACCACCAACCACACGUUGUUGGAUAUCAGCUCGACGCCCAUGGAGCAACUUGGAUCCAAAUCGAAUAAGGAUUUUAUUAUUGAACAACCAUUGAGCAUUCCUGAUAAUAUUAAUGAUGAUGAUGACAAAACUUUUCUUGUGUGUAAUGUUGCAUAUUAUGAUCCUGAAGAAGGAAGAAUGAGAUCAUUCCGAAAAUUAUUUCCUUUCAAAGUUUAUGAACCUCUUGGAAUGAAAGUGAAGGUCAAUACUCUUGAAAAUCAUAUCUUUGUACAAUUAGAUUUACAGAAUUUAACACAAGCACCCUCCAUGUAUAUUGAAAACGUAAAAUUUGAAUCCAGCUUUGGUUUUGAUCUUAUUGACCAUUCAACUCAUAAUUAUGGAGAUCGAUAUUAUGAGCAUCCGCUAUUGAGAGGAGAAACGAAAAGGCUACAGUUUGAAUUGGUCCCCAAUUUAAAACAUUCAAAAGCAAUUAACGCUCUUGGAAAAAUCUCUCUUCAAUGGAAAAACACAUUAGGAGAGAGCGGUAUGCUCAUCACUAACCCAAUUCAAUAUAAGGGAGUAACAAAACAAGACUUGGAAGUAACAAUACUUGGUUUUUCCUCAUCGUCUAUGUCUGACGAGUUUCUCCUUGAUACUGGAAGAGUUCAACUCAAACCUGAACAAUUUUACUUGCAUAAGCCAUUCUACGCAGUGUGUGAAAUUGUAAAUAAUUCGAAGGAUGUUAUGGACCUAACACUCCACCUUGAAUCUGAUAAACUGUACCCACUAGCAGUUUACGGAUCUUCUUUGCACGUAAUUGGAGAAUUGCAACCCACCAAAUCAAGAGUUGUCUACAUACCACUCUUCCCAUUACAGAGAGGCCUUCAUGCAGUUGCUGGUAAAGGCAUGUUUAUCAAGGACAAGCAUACAGGAAAAGUUUUAACUCUUCCUUCAAAGCCAGUUACCAUUCAUUAA